CAUGGACCCUGUCAGCAUCCUAGGCGCCGCUUCAUCGGUGCUGCAAGUCCUCGACUUUAGCCAACAGCUUUUCCGCAGCACUUAUAAGAUCUACAGGUCAGUUUCGGAACAGUCUAAGGCCACUGUGGAUCUCCAAACCAUCAUUACCAGCUUGAAAUGUUAAGCGAUGACUUAAUACGAUCGACGGAGCAAGCAACUCCUAGCAUUGGCAAGCUCUCAGGCCAUGAUGCGCAGCUGCUAGAGCUUUGCGGCAAUUGCACCGUUGUGGCAGAAAAGUUAAUCUCAGUACUUGAUAGAUUGACGGCCCAGAAGACUCACAGCUUUUGGGACAGCUUUGGCCGUGCUCUUCUGACGGUGUGGAACUCAAAGGAGAUCGAGCUAUUAGAAAAAGAGCUCCAGAGCUAUCGUCAACAAAUCUCCCUAUAUUAUAAUGUUUCCGUCCGGAAACAGGUCAAUCAUAUACAGGCCGAUCAAUCCAGUCAUGGUCAACUCAUCUCUACAUCCCUCCAAGUGACUCAAGAUCUAACCCAACAUAUCCUCAAGCAAAUGGAUCAAACUGCCAGAUGGCAAGCAAAACUCAUUGAAGCAAUCAAUCGCAGCAGCAACAGGAAUGACAAGCAGAUCUUGGGCCUUAACGCGUCACCAAUCAACACUCAUAACCAGUUCUACGAGAAGCAUGCGGAACGUUUUCGCAAACGACUAAUUGCUCAUCUUCACUAUAUCAACAUGGAAACUCGCUCUGAGAGCGUUCCGGAUGCAUACGGUGAAACGUUUCAGUGGAUUUUCUCGAAACCUGAUCUAAAGUGGUCUGACUUCGUACAUUUUCUCGAGAGCGACCAGAGCCUUUACUGGAUUACAGGCAAACCAGGUUCAGGAAAGUCAACACUUAUGAAGCACAUUAAAAACGACGAGAGAACGAAAAGAUGCCUCUCGGCCUGGAGCGGAGGCAAAAAAAUCUAUUUGACUGGAUUUUACUUUGGUGUUCCGGAGGCAACGAAAUCCAGAUGACGCAGCAAGGACUUCUUCGGACGCUGAUACACCAUGCCUUGGGCGCCUUCCCUCAUCUCGCUUCUUUAAUAUUUCCAAGUCGACUCGAAACUUUCGUGGUUUUUGGCGAUCAAAUAGUUUGGGAAGAACCUUGGGUAGGGCCAAUUCCCAUAUCAAUUUGUUGCUUCUUCCUUGAGUAGUGAGAGCCCGGAUGCCGUUUCAAGACCUGUCACGAUUCUAUUAUUCUUGUUGUCUGAUAAUAACAUUCGAACCUCCCAACUUUCAUUAAGUAUUUUGGGAUUUUAUAAUGCCAACAACUCGUUGGGCAGACUUUCACAGAAUUACUGUCGGCAUU